AUGGCUACCAAACGAAAGCACGAUGAAGACGAGAUUGAUGUCCCUGAAAAGCAGCAGAAGACCCUGAAAAAACGACUGAAUCCACUCGUUAUCGACCAUUUUGUGGAGUUCUAUGUUCUCCAGGAAGAUAAGAACACAAGAUUGGAUGCUCUUUACGUAAGUCAACGUUCCUACAAUCUGUCGUGUGUUUAGGCGGUGUCCAAGUACUAUUACAACAGAUUGCACAACUUUUUUGAAGGAUGUGACCUUAAGUUAAAUGAGACUUGGGCAAAAUUCUGUUUUCCUAAUGGCCGGUCCAAAAUUGUCUUGCAAAAAACAUGUCUUCAUCUGCUUGCUCACUCAGAGUUUGCUAUUGGUCGGCUCUUUGUCUUUGCAAAGUGUUCUUCCUCGAUUUAUGACAAUAAGUGUAAUUGCAUCCGGACCAAACCAAAACCAAGUAGGUUGAUCAUGAACAAUGUAAAUUGGUUUUUAGCAGCGACUACGAUUUUUGAGACAAGACCGGCUUGGCCAUGGGUCUAUGUGGAGGCGGUCCACAUUCUCGAUUAUUUGAAAACUCCUGUGGUCGUCUUGGAAAUGAUUCUCAACGAUCAGAGGUAUGUAAUCUAAAACAAAGUACAAGUUUUUACAAUUUUUAGAAUCGAAGCGUAUAAGAACAAACAUCUGACAGUGGAACGUCUGGUAUUUAAUUAUGGCGUGGUCAAUGAGAACAGAAACAAGAAGAAGCUGCCAAAGUAAGAUGAUUACAAUGUAUAAUGUAUUUUUUGUGGAAAUUGUUGAUAUCUAAUUUUUAGAGGUGAAGGGGUCAAACCGGGAAUUCGGGAGAUAGAAAUCUUUGUGUUUUAUGACGUAAAAAUUGCCACAUUUCCGUCAGAAAUCGCUCGUCUCAAAAAGAUAUACCCGAAUCUUGAGAAGGCAAAGAUUUAUGUGACUUUUGUGGUAAGUGUUGAUUCGUUCUUUUGGAUUUAGGUCUUGAAGAGUUUAAUGUAUAUCGAAAUAUAGGACUCAAGCUUCUUGGCAGGACGUCCUCCCCAGUUCUUCAACAAGAUCUAUAAAGGAAUUCUCCCAGUAAUCGAAGCCGGAGUUCAAGUCGAAGCAACUGUUGAAGGUAAAUAUGAGGAGAUGGGUGGAGUAUAUGAUGAAUACUUCCGGCAACUGCUCCAUUUUUCCGUCGAACGCCUUAUUCCCAACCACAAUCAUCCGUUUGAAUACGCGAGUCAUUUUGAAGAACAAUAUUGCCCAUGGCAUGAACUCGAAUUCAACGGAGCGAAGUGGCACUUCUGUUUUACCGACUGUGGAUGCCCGGUGAUUGAUGAUCGUGGAAUAGAGUUGUUCAGUUUCCAGUAUUAA